AUGGCGGCUCAACAAUCUCCGAUACCCCCGGCCGGCGGUAGCAGUAGUAGUAGUAAUAGCAGGAGAGACAAUAAUGAGAGGGGGGCGGAAGGAGGUGGACUAGGUGUGCCCUCGCGCAACCCGAUACCACUGUCGGCGAGCCAGGAGGCCCAGGUCCGGGAGGUGUUCAAUGCGCGCGUGCGGAGCUCGUGUGCGGAUGAGAUUAAAGCCUUCGCAGACUGCGCCCGCACGCGCACCUUCACGAUCCCCUUCGCCUGCCGCGACCUCUCGCACCGCAUGAACAGCUGCAUGCUCGCGCACUCGACGCCCGAGGAGCACGACCGCGCGCGCGAGCAGUGGUUCGCCCAGCGCCAGCAGCGCGCCAAGGAAAGAGAGGCGAAGGAGAGGAGGAAGAUCGAGCAGGAGGCGUUCCACAGGGAGUGGUGGGGUAUCCCGCAGCGCGACCCAGAGGAGAUCAAGAAGGAGCUGGAGAAGUUGGAGAGGGCGGAGAGGGUGGGUGGGAUGACGGCGAGACGGCCGGGUGGUGGUGCGGAUGGGGAGGGGAGGUGA